AUGACUAGACAAGAGAUCCCCCGUGUUUCUGCCAUCAGUGAAUCUGGCAAGAUAUGGCCUACCGUCCAAGAGCAUGGCGCCGCCAUAAUCAAAGACUUCCUUCCCUCGGAUGUGGUGCAUCGAUUCAAUCAGGAGAUGGACCCUCAUGUGAAGAUUGAAACGGUACCGGCUGCACGAACUAAGGAUCGUCCUAAUCAUGUUUUGUCCACCACGACUCGAAUCAUGAAUGUCCUCGCCGAGUUGUCCAAGACUUACCGCGAGGACAUCUUGAACAACAAAGUUCUGAAUGACAUCUCCGAGGAGGCCUUCAAGGUGUAUGGAGACUACUGGGUGCUGAUGGGCGCGGUGAUGGAACUCGCCCCGACGAAUCCCGCUCAACCGCUCCACCGCGACAUGCGUUACAGCCACCCCAUCGUCGAUUAUCUCAAGCACGAUGCGCCCCCCACUUCGAUAAAUCUGCUCAUUGCCCUGACCCCGUUUACCGCGGACAAUGGCGCCACCCAUGUCAUUCUGGGAAGCCAUAAGUGGACUGAUCUCAGUCAGGCUACCAUGGGUCAGACCGUUCGCGCUAUCAUGAACCCGGGUGACGCCCUGUUGAUUACGGACAGUACUGUUCAUUGUGGAGGUGCCGAUAUUACUGGCACUGAGACUCGGCGUGUCCUAUCCUUGACCACGGGUAUCAGCCAGCUUACUCCGUUGGAGAGUAACUUCACCGUUCCUCGUCCAAUCAUCGAGAGCAUGACCCCUUUGGCUCAACGACUUGUGGGGUGGAACAGUCAAAGAUCGUCUGUGCCUAAAGAUAUCGGGUUGCUAACUAUCAGAGGAAAGUCGAUUCAGAAAGUGAUGGGCUUGAAAUCCGAGCAACCCCUCGAAGAAAAUAUCACCAUCUGA